GUGAUAUUUGAGUAACGCACGGCACAGUACAGCGAGUAGCAGUAUUCACUCAUCUCCACCUCAUCACUUCUAACGCAACGCAACGCAACGCAACGCAACGCUCCAUUGCUUCUCUUCUUCGCUUCCGCCGCUGCAACAGUCAUACCUCACCGCCGUAGCUCCGGACUCAUGUAAACCCUCUUGGCGCGAGACCAUGACCAACGGCACCGGGUGUUCUCCUAAUGAUAAGGGCUUGUCUCUCAGUCCUAAUCUCGAAAUCACGAUCGAUGAGGAAUCUCCAAACAGUGAGCAACUACUUGAGAUUGAGGAUGAGGGCAACAGGCUUGAGACUAGCUGUGGUCAGUUAUUUGAGAUUGAUGGAAGCAAACAUGAAAAUGGGAGGUAUGAAACAACAAUAGUUGAUAGUAAUAGUGGAGAAUCUCAAGGAAAAGAGUACCCUCCACCAGUUGUGGGAAUGGAAUUUGAUACUUAUGAUGAUGCCUACAACUAUUACAAUAGCUAUGCCAAGGAAACUGGAUUUGGCAUUCGGGUUAAAUCUUCGUGGACCAAACGCCACAGCAAAGAGAAGCGUGGUGCUGUGCUGUGCUGCAACUGUGAAGGUUUCAGAACAAUUAAAGAAGCAAAUAGCCACAGGAAAGAAACAAGAACUGGCUGUCUAGCAAUGAUUAGAUUGAGAUUAGUGGAAUCUAACAGGUGGAAGUUGGAUGAAGUCAAGCUUGAGCAUAAUCAUUCAUUUGAUCCUGAGAGAGCACAAAACUCUAAAUCACAUAAGAGGGUGGAAAGUGGGGCCAAAAGAAAAGUUGAGCCAACUCUAGAUGUUGAGGUACGCACAAUCAAGUUAUAUCGAAUGCCAGUUGUAGAUACAUCAGGUUAUGGGAGCUCAAAUUCUAAUGAAGGAAGAGGUAGCAACACCAUUAAUUUUUCCAGACGUUUGAAACUUAAAAAAGGCGAUGCAGAACUUAUUUCAAAUUACUUCUGCCGCAGUCAACUAAAGAAUCCUAAUUUUUUCUAUGUGAUGGAUCUGAAUGAUGAUGGACAACUGAGGAAUAUAUUUUGGAUUGAUUCUAGAUCGAGGGCUGCAUAUAGUUAUUUUGGUGACGUGAUUGCAUUUGACUCAACAUAUUUGUCAAACAAUUAUGAGAUUCCACUGGUUGCAUUCGUCGGUGUUAACCACCAUGGGCAGUCUUUUUUGCUAGGCUGUGGUCUGCUUGCGGAUGAGGCAUUUGAGACGUAUAUUUGGUUAUUUAGGGCAUGGCUUACAUGUAUGUCUGGUCGACCUCCACAGACCAUUAUUACAAACCAAUGUAAGACCAUGCAAAGUGCAAUAGCAGAGGUUUUCCCUAGAGCUCACCACAGAAUUUCUCUAUCACAAGUCAUACAGAGCAUUCUUGGAUGUUUGGUGCAGUUUCAGGAAUAUGAGGUAUUUCAGAUGGCACUGACUAAAGUGAUAUAUGACCCCAAAACAGUAGAUGAAUUUGAAAGGGCUUGGGAUGAUCUGACCCAGCGCUUCGGCAUAAGAAAUCAUGAAAAGCUUCAAACCUUGCAUGACGAACGAGAGCAUUGGGCUCCAAUUUACUCCAAGGACACAUUCUUUGCUGGAAUUUCUGAUUAUGAAAAGGGUGAGUGUGUCAUUCCCUUUUUCAAGGGUCAUGUACAUCAGCAAACUACCUUGAAAGAUUUUUUUGAGAUUUAUGAGUUAGUUCUGCAGAAAAAGCAAAAAACUGAAGCUCUUGAUGAUUUGGAGUCACAGAGCUCGAGCCCAUUACUGAAGACUAGAUGCUACUAUGAGUUGCAACUCUCUAAACUGUACACAAAUGCAAUAUUCAGGAAGUUCCAAGAUGAGGUGUUGAUGAUGCCCACUUGUUUUAACGUCUCAGAAAUUCAAACAAAUGGGUCUGCAGUGACGUACAUGGUAACCGAACACGAAGGGUUAGAAUCUUCAUCACAUGCAAGGCAUUUUGAAGUGAUGUAUGAUAAAGCCGGCGCAGAAGUACGCUGCAUUUGUAGUUGCUUUAACUUCAAGGGCUACCUGUGCAGACAUGCUUUGUAUAUCCUUAAUUAUAAUGGUGUGGAGGAAAUUCCAUGCCAGUAUAUUUUAUCAAGAUGGAGGAAGGAUUUUAAGAGAUUGUAUGUACCUCAUCUCAGCUCCAAUAAUGUUGAUAUUAGCAACCCAGUUCAGUGUUUUGAUCAUUUGUACAAACGUGCCAUGCAAAUUGUUGAAGAAGGGAUGAUAUCCCGAGAUCAUUAUAUGGCUUCUUGGCAAGCAUUUAGAGAGUCUUUGAAUAAGAUUCGCCUUGUAGCAGAUAAAUAAAUCAAGAAUAAUGCUGAUAAUAUGUUGUACAUAAUUUACUAUAAUUUUUUCGUCGUUUAUCUGGCAUUAAUA